AUAUACUUUGACCUGGCAAUAUCCAAGGAUUAACAAAUUAUGUCAAGCCAGAGAGAUGGGUGGCCAGAAAAUGUUGGAAUUGUUGCCAUUGAGGUUUAUUUCCCCGCCCAGUAUGUGGAUCAGAAAGAAUUGGAAAAGUUUGAUGGUGCUUCAACAGGAAAAUAUACCAUUGGGCUUGGUCAGGAAAAAAUGGGGUUCUGCUCUGACAAUGAAGAUGUAAAUUCCUUAUGUUUGACUGUUGUACAACGUUUAAUGGAGAGAAAUGGGAUCUCAUAUUCAGAUAUAGGUAGACUGGAAGUAGGUACUGAGACUAUAUUAGAUAAAUCAAAGAGUGUUAAAACAGUACUAAUGCAGUUGUUUGAAAGUUGUGGCAAUACAAAUAUAGAAGGAAUAGAUACAACUAAUGCAUGUUAUGGUGGUACGUCAGCUCUCUUUAAUGCUGUGAACUGGAUUGAGUCUAGCUACUGGGAUGGCCGGAAAGCACUGGUUGUGGCCGGGGAUAUAGCUGUGUAUGCUUCAGGCAAUGCUAGAUGUACAGGUGGUGCAGGGGCUAUAGCCAUGCUUAUAGGAGACGAUGCUCCUUUAGUUUUUGAAAGAGGUUGCCGUGCAACACAUAUGCAGCAUGUGUACGACUUUUAUAAGCCUAACAUGGAUUCAGAGUAUCCAGUGGUAGAUGGGAAGUUAUCUAUACAGUGCUAUUUACAUGCAUUAGAUAAAUGUUAUGAUAUUAUCUCUCACAAAUUAGAGUCAGCUGAAAUUAAAACCGGAUCAAGUCUGUUAGAUUGUGCAGAUGCCUUUGUCUUUCAUUCACCAUUUUGUAAACUUGUCCAAAAGUCUGUAGCUAGAAUUAUGUUCAAUGAUUUUCUUCAAGACCCUCAUCCAGAACAAAGACAAAUCUUUACUGGUUUAGAUGCAUUUAGAGAACUUAACUUAGAAGACACAUAUUUCAACAAACAGGUAGAAACUGCCUUUAUGACUGUUAGUAGAACAGAAUUUAUCAAGAAGACAGAACCAUCACUAUUACUUGCCAAGCAGAUAGGAAAUAUGUAUACUCCUUCAGUAUAUGGAGGUCUUGUUUCUUUCUUAAUCAGGUAAUUAGG